AUGAACUUCUUCACUGUCCUGCUGUUUGCCAGCCUUGCCACAACCUCUCUUGCUGUCCUGCCUGGGUCUGAAGAUGAACUCCACGUGAAGACUCAGCACACAACUGCGGUUCCAGCUUCCCAGUCCACUCCCACCAGCCACAUCAGCAAGGAGAGUACUUCUAGUAAUGACUCUUCCAAGGAGCCAUCCAUCUUCAGAGAGGAGUCGGUUUCCAGAGAUAAUGUGUUGAUAGAAUGUACCAAAUCAAAGAGUCAAAAGGCCCAGGCCAGGCUCAGAAGUGGAGCAUCUCAGCUGGAAGAGACCAUAGGACCCAUUACCUCAACUGGUAUGUGCUAG